AUGGCAAAGAGCAUACGCAGCAAGAUUAAACGUCGUUUUCGUGCAAUUAAACGUAAAACGGUUUUUGCGCCUGUUGAAGAUGCACGUACGUCUCGACUUGCUAGUAAACUAUCCCAAGAUUCAGGUGUCACUAUACAGCCCAAACAACAGCAUAAUGGAAUUAUUUCUGAUACUUCCCUCGCG